AUGACGAGCUGCACAACGCAGAUUGGGAAAUUGGUACAACAGUCAUGCAUUGGUUUCAAAGUUCUAAGAAGAGCUGUGCACCAACAUGCCGAAGCACAAAUACAAGUUCAAAGUGCUCGAGAGACUUCACUAUCAUCUUGGACAGCCCAACAUGUCUCCAAUUUUUCAACAAAACAUCUUUCUGACCGCGUAAAAUCUCGAAGUAAAAGAAUGAUUUUGGAUAUUCUCGGGGUUGGUCUGAUUGGAUCCACGACAGUUUUUUCCAGAGACAUGCAGGAAUUUGUAGAGGUAACAGACAGGAUCAGCAGUAGCGAACCAGCGCUGAUAUGGGGCACAAACAACAGAAGAGCUUCACCAGCAAUGGCGGCCUACAUCAACGGAUCGAACUGUCACUCGAUGGAUUUUGACGACACGUGGCAUCCUGCUACUCACCCAAGUAGUCCCAUUUUGCCGACUUUGCUUGCCUUGGCAGACUUUCUUCCUGAAAAUUGCAAACCUUCGUUGGAAGACAUUCUAGUGGCUUUCAACUGCGGGGUUCAAAUCCAGGGAGUUUUACUGAGGUGUUCUUCCCAAUCCAAAAAUAUUCCAAACAGGCUACAUCCACCAGCCAUUGUAGGCGUUAUGGGAAGCGCUGCUGCUUCAGCAAAACUUCUUGGUCUAGGUCCAAAGAAAUGUCUUCAUUCUCUCGCAAUUGCCGCUUCAUUCGCUGGAGCACCAAUGGCUAAUGCUGGAACGCUUACUAAACCGCUCCACGCUGGAAAAUCAGCCCGAAGUGGGUUGGAGGCAGCCCUUCUAGCUGAUAAGGACUUUGAGGGAAACAAAAAUAUUCUCGACAUGGAAUCGGGAUUUGGAGCUUUCUUCUCAGACUACGAUCCAUGUUCCCUUUUACAAGAAGUACAGAUGUCUGAAAAUCUGAUUCUUCAUAAUCAGGAUAUAGCCAUUAAAAGUUACCCUUGUCAUCUUGGGAUGCACUGGGCGAUUGAUGCCUCACUUCAAGUCCGAAAGCAAAUAACAGAUUACUAUGGAGAAUUAGAUGCAAGUUUUGUUAAAUCUAUAGAGAUCUUUGCUCCCAAAUCAAAAUACAUUAACAGACCUGUUCCAGCCACAGAACACGAAGCGAGGCAUUCAUUUCAAUUCACAGCUUGUUCAGCUCUAAUUGAUGGACUUGUUUCCCCUGCAACAUUUAAAUUUCAAAAUAUUGAAGUGGAAAGAAAGAAUCUGUAUACUUUACUGCAGAAAACGACCAUUAUUAAUCCAAGCGACAAUAUGCCUUGCUUUGAUACCAUGUAUGUAGACGUUUUGGUUACACUGAAAAAUGGCGAGAAAUUUAGUGCUCGGUGCAGAGAGCCUUAUGGACACUGGAGAAAGCCCAUGAAAGACGCAGACGUGAAGAAGAAGUUUAUGGAAAACUCUAGUCUCCUCCCUAAGUACCAACAGGAAAAAAUUAUUAAACUUGUUAGUCAUAUGUCUGCAAAGACUAUGUCCAACGAACUCUCAAAUUUACUGAGCUCGUAAAGACGGUUUCUCUUGCAGAGACAGAUUAUAAUUUGGUUGUGAAAAUUGUCUCUUGAUGAUCUA